AUGCCUCCAAUUAAUAGAGAUUUUGAUCAUGACGACUCAUUUUCUCUGACAAAUUUGGAACACGAAAUCAUGGGCACAUCAACACGUCGUGUCGACGAACCCGAGCUCGACUACGACAUCCACACUUCAACCCUCGACCAAGCCUUCCCUGAUUUCUCCCAAAUACAGACUUCCGAAGAAGAACAGGAUGAGCUCACAGUGAGCGACCACGAAAUGUCCGUGGAAUUGGGACGCGGUGGCAAGGCGGGACGCGACGAUUCGCGAAGCUCUGUGAUGAGCUUCGAAAACAGUGUCCGUUCAUCCUCACCCGCAAUUCGGGUUGAAUACCCAACACCACAAAAGCCCGCUACGCGCCCACAGCGACGAGCCGUCAGUGAAAAUCUCCGAAAGAACGCUCAGGUGCGGCGAGCGACCCAGGCACAGAAGGAAACCAUGAGCCCGCAAGUAUCAAAGGCCCAGCGUGACCAGCGCCGAACCUUCUCCGACAUGCACGCGAAAGUACGUGACAACUACGACGGCUCUUUCUUGGGAGACGAACGUCCGGCCCCAGUUUCAACAAAGACGCGUUCGACACGUUUCGGAAAUGCCAACACCUCCCAAGAGAUUGCGGAUGCUGUUGAGCGAGCUUCGCGUGAUGCUUACGCGAAGGAACUGCGCAAGUCCACUUCAGGGACUCCUCGCAAGUCCAGUGCCAACCCAGCCAACACCAACACCAUUGGUGAUACCAUGACCCAUCAAUCAUUUCUUCUCCCCGACCUCCCUAAUAUCUCCGAACUCGUGUCUGGUGUGUACGAAGAUGGCACGCCUGUCUACAACCGACAGGGCAAGAUGCGCUCUACUCGCUUUGUUUCACCACUGCAUGAUCACACAGAAAUGUCUCUGCCCCAUGAUCAUUUCCCGCUAGACGCAGUGCCUGUUCCUGAAGAUGAGAAGGCUUUGUUCGUUUCAUUGAGGCUGCUCCAGGACAAGGUGGCCGAGUUGAAUAUGUGGAAGGCAGACGCAGAAAGGCGAAUGGAGAAUUAUCGCCUGGAGAACGCGUCCCUAAAAUCAAACAAACCCCGCCAGUCAGUCAAGUAUGAGUCGGAGGACAAUGAUCACAAGAAGGGAUCUAAACGCUUGGCGAACGAAAAUCAAAAAUUGGAAGCAGUAAACCUUGAGUUACAAAACCAGCUGGACAUUGCCGAUCGAAAGGCUCAGGUUCAGGAGUCCGCCAUCAAGCGUCUUAAUCACGACAGAGAGUCAGCCAUCUCCCAACUUGGUGCAGCUUACCUCGAGAACCGAGAACUCAAGACCGAAAAUGGGGAGUUACGGCAAGAGAAUGCGGAUCUUAAGUCUCAACUUUCUCGAUACUCACACCGCAAAACUCACGAGCAGGACACCGUCGAAUCUGAAGCCAGCUCGACUGUAUCUGAUGCUGAUGACAGCCAGCUUUACACCGAGCGCAGCGCAGACAUGAGUCGCAGCACCAAGGAUCUCACCUCCAAAAGUACCCGCUCUAACACGAAGAGCAGGCGCCAGGAUGAUUCGCGCUCCAAGGUAUCCAAUCAGGUGGACAAGGAAAUUCAUCGCCUCGAAAAAGAACGCGCCGAUGAGGCUCUUUUCUCCAUUGAAGUACCCACCCCAAGACGCACCUCAGCCUCUAAGACCUCAAAACCUGUGUCCCGCACAGUCGAAUCAAAGAGCUCCCGGAAACAGCCAAACACUAGCAAGCAGCGCGUGAAACGCGUGGUGGUUGAGGAUGCGAGCUCGCCUGUCGAGGCGACUGAGCAGACAAAGGCGUCUUCUGAGGCAGACAUCACUUUGUUGAGCGUUAUUGAUGAGCAUGAAAUUGCUCGUCUGCGCAAGACUCUGGAAGAGGAGAGAUUGAUGCGUAAACAGCGCCGUUCAAGUAUUCCCACGGAGAGCAACCCUACAGAGACCGUCAACUCAACCAGACAGAGUAUCUUGAAAGCUCCUGCUCCUCGAAAGUCAUCCCUUCGCGAAAGCAAGCCAACUAUCCCUCGCCCAGCAUCCGCUGCUGGUGAUAUCACCACUGGUUCAAGAGCAACUACCGACGGAGAGACCAGUCUGGCCGUUCCGAUUGCCGAGCGUUCCAGGCGUCACUCAGACAACUCCUUACCUGCAACCACCCCGCUUAAGAAGCAGCGCCCUGCCCCUGACAUGACCUCCGCCUUCAUCCUUCCUGAUAUUACUCUCCACCAGGCAGACUUGGCGGCAAAUGACCCAUCCAAGCUGCCCCAAGCCACUCAGAAAGCAUUGGAUAGCAUUGCCCAACACAACGGCAAGAACUGCACGGUCUGCCAUGGCCGCUCAAAUGACGGAGAAUGCAACCACGAGCCGGUCAAGGUCCCCAAGCCUGUUCCAGUCUCGGAGCGCAUGCCCAAGCCGUCGGUAAACAAUGAAGAGCCGACCAUGCGUCCCUCGCAACCCCCCGCCAUCGCCCUUGCCACUGUCCUCAAGAGCCUGGAAGACGAGCUCUCUCAUCUGAAGAUGCAACUGGCCACGUACCAGAGCGCCUUCAACAAGCUCGACGCAUCCCUUGGCAAGCGCCCACGGAAGGCACUCCUCGAAAAGAUCGACAAGCUUCUGAAGGACGUUGACAUGAAGUCCGAUCAAAUCUACGCUCUAUACGAUGUCCUCGAGGGCCAAAAGCAGGACGGCCAUGAAAUGACCGAGCAAGAAAUGGAAAUGACACUCGAAUCCAUUGGAAUUGAUUUUGGCGCAUCCCAUGCUCCGGACAUCACCGGUACCACUGAUAAAUCUUCUCGUCACACUGAUCAGAUUGAUCUAGAUGAUGAGGAGGAUUUGCCUUGGGAGGGUAUUGAGAGCACUACUGAGAUGACUGGACAUCUUUCUAUUCGCGGUCACUAA